AGAGAGAAGAGAGAAGAGAAAGAGAGAGCGAGAACCAGAAGUGAGUGAAGAGAAAAAAAGAGAAGAGAAGGAAAGCAUCAGAGGGUAUAUUAUUUCUGGGUCAUCACCCCCCCGAUGGGAGGACAACACCUGCCUGGUGACUUCUGUUGUUAAGCACAGCCAGGUGGGGACAAUAACUACAUAACGGAAUUAUGUAAAAUAUCACAUGUCACAUUUCAGUUUUGAUAGUCGUAAUUAUAUGAGGCGCUGGCAGCACGUAUGUGGUUCAUGUAGUAGUAGGACACUGGCGUCAACCACUAGAGCCUACCGUUUCAUGAAGAUAUUGAUGAUGUAGGACGGUUUUUUGGUGCUCAAUGUAAGCCUCCUCCAGGAUGCAUUUUUUUUUUGCAUGCGUGUGAACCUGAACCAUCACAACGCCUCUCAACGCCUCAGAGCUGCAAGGGUGUUAUGACACUUUUGGGGUUGUGUGGGUUUUUGGGAUCCUUCAGGGGCGCAGUGAUGGUUGAGCUCAGCUGCCCCAGUGCAUUGUGGGGGAGAGAGGGUGUGAAGGUACUCGCGCUCUAUUCGCUCCUAGCAGUCGUACACACAUCCCAUGCCCAGCCUCCCCUCCCUCUCUCCCUCCCGGCCAAAAUCGUUGUCCCCCCUCCCUGGCACUCUCUGCCCCUGUUGCAGGCUGAUCUGGGCUCACUGUUCUCCAACUCCAGCCCCUUCGCCUUCUCCCAGUCCCUGCUCAUGCUGCCUCCGGCUGGGGAAGUCUCCAAAGCGGGGGUCCGGGCUUCAUUCGGGCCUUACUCUGUCAGCCAGCUGGUCUCUGGGCCCAUCCUCCCCCUCUCCCCUCCUCUGUCUGCAGCUCUCCUCUCUAAACACGUGGAGCGAGAGAGGGAUGAAGGAGGAAAGGAGAGGUACAGGGUGCGGGUGUUGUUCCACGUACGAGGGGACACCAGCAGGGGGAGCUGUAUCACCCUCCACGCCUUCAAAGAGACCGGGGAGCAGAAAGCUUCGUGUGUCACACAGCCUCCAUUGGGUCUGUGUGUGGUGACCCUGGCCCUACCUAAGGACUGGUUUGAGGCGGACCAGACCACCCAGCCCUACCUCGGCCCCAACCAGCGUGCCAGACACACACACCGUCACCGCAGCCGUAAUCGGGGACGACGGCACGAGGGUGUUGUCGUCGGUGGAGCUGGUGGCAUCCCCUUCCCAGGCGCCCUCAGAUACAGCCCCACCCACACUGGAGACCGCAUCCAGUUGUACUACUCAUUGUUCGGCACAGCGUCCAACAUCAAACUAGCACCCCCUAGGUGUGUGGAAGACAAAUUACCACAGUCUCAGAGACAGUUGAUUUAUAUAGGAGCUGUGACUCUGAGGGAGUACAAUAAGGGGAAAGAGGCCAACAGGACCAAAGAGGAAAUAGACUGUUGCAAUGGACAGGAAGAGGAGGAGCUACGGUUGGAUUCCAACGUGCUGAUUCGCUAUCGCAGGGGACCGGUCCGCACGGGACAGCCAAUAGGGAUUUCUGUGAACCUGAGGGCCAAUUUCAGUGCAGAGUUUGUUGUUAUCCGACUGAAGGUGAAGACAGGCCUUUUGUCUCUGGUUGCCCAGCGCUCUCUGAACUCUGACCUCUGGGUUGUGAACCUGGAGAAAACGCAGGGCUCCAAACAUGACGUCAUCUCCAUCAUCUGCCACAAACUGGCGGGACACAUGGACAGUGACAGUCCCGCUGCUCUGCAGCAGGCUGCCUGUCUGUCAGUGGACGGCUUGCGAAGGAGUUUCGGGGUUGCCAUGACUGUGUCGGCCAGCUGGUGGGUGGAGUACUCAGGCCGUAAUAACCCCCCGACACCACGCGGCGGAGUAGUGAGCAGCUUCUCCUUCACUGACAGAGAGAUAGCGGGCAUCUCUCCCAUAACUGAGAGUGGCAUGAUCAUCAACACGGCCAUCUUGACCAGCGAGCCCGUGUCACUUCCUGUCAUUGUGCUGGCAGUGGGGCAUGAUGGGAAGGUGUCUGAUAUCACCGCGGCGGUGAAGUGUCAGUCGUCCAACGAUGAUAUCAUCAAGGUGUCAAGCGAUUGCUCAACCCUCUUCGUCGACGGAAGUGAAUCAGGAGUGGGCAGCACCUGCGUCGGGGUGGAGUUUCUCCUGGGCACGCUCAGUGGUUCCCUAUGUCUGUCGGUGUGGGCUCCUGUCGUCCCGCUGCGCGUCUCACUGUCCGAUGACGAGCUGAGCGCCAUCGAUGGCUGGAACCACUACACGGAGAACGGCUGUUCUCCAGUGUAUCAGAGGUCCACGGUUCAGGUUCUGACCCAGUUCAGUGCUCAGGGGGGCCAGGGGCAGCUGACCUACCUGCUGGGCUCCGCUGAUUGGUUUGUGGAUGCCACAGAGUUGGUCCGUAAUUGGCUGAGGGUAGAGAAUCCACGUGUGGCGGUCCUCGACAAGCAGAGCAAUCUGAUUGGCCUACACCCGGGGAAAACUUCAGUUCGUGUCAUAUCAAGCCAAUGGGACGGUGUGCUGGGUAGCUGUGAUGUCACUGUGACCUCUGAACCCGUGAACCCUGGUGACCUCUCAGUGCAGGUUGUGGGAGGACUCGGUAUGUCAAUCAAAGCAAGCCCUGCCCACCCUGCUGUUGUCACAGCAACAGUGACCGCAUACAACAUUCUCUACAACCAUGGGCAGGAAGCGUCCAUCAGUGUCUGGCUCCAGUUCAGUGAUGAUAGCGCCACUUUGCUCUCCGCCUUCAGCCUUGGUACCUUCGCCCUGCGCCUCUCCUCAUUGGCAGAGACCGUGGUCGCCGUGACGCCCGGCCCGUCUUUGCGCGUCGUAGCCCAGGGCGAAGGGGGCGGGCCUUUACUGAAAGCAGAACUCCUGGUCACCACCUGCAAGCCAAUGGCGAACUCCGUCGACGGGGACCUGGCCAAUCCGAAGGAAGGACGCGGGACCAGGAGGCUGGCUAAAGGAUCUGGUUGGAUCAGGGUGAACCUGGACUCUGACCUUCGUCCAAUGGGGAGCGAGGAGGUGAACUUGGAGCUGCUCAACAUUUCGGACAUGUUGAUGGAGUCAUCUGACAGGGAUGUUCAGUACAGCAACUUCCCGGACAAUGACAUCAUCAUAGGGAACGUCACUGCCGUCAGCGGCGAUGACUACUAUGACAAGGCCGGCGAUGGGAUGAUCGCCAGGAACGACCUGGAGAGAGCGGUGUUGACCCCGAAUCACGAAGAGAGCGCAGUGUACUUCUCUCCCGGGGUGGAGCGAGAGAGGGAGGAGAAACUGGAGGAUAAAGAGAUGGUGGGUUUCGGGGCAGUUCUCUCCCUCCUCUGCCUCGCCACACUCCUCUUCCUGGUGAAUUGUCUGCCCUGCGCUUUGAGGGAGAGGAGGAAGAGGAAGGACAUGAACGUGGAGGGGGUGGAGGGAGUGGUGGAGGAAGAGUGGGAGGAAGGAGAAGAGGAGGCGAAGGAGGAGGAGGAGGAGGAGGCAAAGGAGGUUGCAGAAAAGAACGAGAAAAUACCAUCAUACCCCAGGGUAAUAUCACUUCAUGAGACUACUACAGACGAGAACGAGAAAAUACCAUCAUACCCCAGGGUAAUAUCACUUCAUGAGACUACUACAGACGAGAACGAGAAAAUACCAUCAUACCCCAGGGUAAUAUCACUUCAUGAGACUACUACAGACGAGAACGAGGGGCAGUCAGAUCAAAACAUGGACCAUUAAGGCUGCAUCCGAAUAGGCACCCUAAUCCCUUUUAAGAGCCCUGGUCAAAAGUAGUGGACUAUGUAGGGAAUACGGUGCCCUUUUAUUCAGGAGAGAAAGGUUGUUGAUAAAAAUCAACAUUCUUAGGACAAUUGACUAUAUAUUCCUGUCACUGUGUCACCAACAAUGUUUCUUCAUGUCUUACAAGGUCGUCUUCGUAUAGGCUAGUCUUUUUCUCAGUUGUUUCUUUCUGAAUGUUUGUCUAUCACACAUAUACACUAACUAUCCAUCAAAUAUGUGUGCAGAAACGAUGCACGUACACGACUGUACAUAUCUGUCAUAUUUCUUCUAUUUUGGUAUUAUUUCACAUUCAUCCAUUUACAAUUUGCCGUCAUAUCAUCAAAUCAAAUGUAUUUAUAUAGCCAGUCGUACAUCAGCUGAUAUCUCAAAGUGCUGUACAGAAACCCAGCCUAAAACCCCAAACAGCAAGCAAUG